GUCAGGGGGCGGGCCCGGCCCGUCCCGGGCGCGGAUCGCGGCUCGGCAGCGGUUCGGAGCCGCCGGGCAGCAGCCGCCGCGCCGCGAUGUCCCACUCGGUGGCCCUGCGCGGCCCCUCGCCGUGGGGCUUCCGCCUGGUGGGGGGGAAGGACUUCAGCGCCCCGCUGACCAUCUCCAGGAUUAACCCUGGCAGUAAAGCGGCCAUGGCCAACCUGUGCCCGGGAGAUGUUAUUUUGGCGAUUAACGGAGAGAGCACGGAGAACAUGACGCACCUAGAAGCACAAAACAAGAUCAAAGCAUGCGUAGACCAGCUACUGCUCUCCGUGAACAGAGCCGAAGGGAAGACCUGGUCCCCCCCUGUUCUGGAAGAUGGCAAGGCUCAAGCGUACCGGAUCAACAUCGAGCCGGAACCGCAGGACAAUGGGCCUGCCCAGAACAGGAGGUCGGUGUCCCACGGGGCUGGUGGCAGUCCCACAGACAACAAGCAGAUGCUGAACAUGCAACACCACAACCCAACCCGGCUCUACGCUAACAGCAGCCCCGAGUCGGCUCUGCCAGGCCAGCUGAGCGGGCUCCACAUCGCUCCUGCCCAGAGCCUCGACCCCUUGAAGUCUCUUCCACGGAACAGAAAUGGGAUUGAUGUGGAGUCAGAUGUCUACAAGAUGCUUCAGGAUUAUGAAAAGCCUGUGUCGGAGCCUAAGCAGUCUGGAUCUUUCCGGUACUUGCAGGGCAUGUUGGAGGCUGGCGAGAACGGUGAAAAACUCGACAAGCUGAGCAACUCUCGGAACAUCAAGUCCCCAGUGUCAAAGCUUGGUGGUGCCAUGUCCGGGCUGCAGAUGCUCCCCGAGUGCACUCGUUGCGGGAAUGGCAUUGUUGGCACGAUCGUCAAAGCUCGGGACAAGCUCUACCACCCCGAGUGCUUCAUGUGCGAUGACUGUGGCCUCAACCUGAAGCAGAGAGGGUAUUUCUUCAUCGAAGAGCAGCUGUACUGCGAGACGCACGCGAAGGAGAGGGUUAAGCCCCCCGAGGGAUAUGACGUGGUGGCUGUUUAUCCAAACGCUAAAGUUGAACUUGUCUAAUCCCAGGCUGUGCUCUGGAGAGGUCGGGCGGCCACACGCCCACCCACGUCCUCCCCACCAGCUGCGCAAUGUGGCUGUAAUCAACCCCGAUUACCAAAGCCCAAGUUAAAAUGCCUUUUCCUAGAUAAAACCGUUUACACUUGGGAUCUCCAGGGGAUGGUGUUGAAAGCAUAUGAGCAGGUUUUUCCCUUCUUUUUGACACUCUGCUUUUUGGGUUGCUGUGUUGGGUUAUUAGUCUGUGCCAUAACCUUGUCCAAGAUCUGUGUAAAUAUGGAUUAAUUCUCUACUUUGUUUCAUAUAAAACCAGUAUUCCUUCCCCCCCCCAUUCUGAAAAAGCAAGGAAGCUGUUGUAGAAACUCAAAAAAAAUAAGGCACUUUAAGAAAAGAAGCUGACUUCUCUGAUCUUAAUCUCCUGCCUUAUGACUGCCCUGGUGAUUGAAACCAACCCCUUGAGGAGUCUGGGGUGUGGUACUGAUGGGUCGGGGUCCCCAGCUCAGCCCCUUCCCAGAUGUGCCAAGGAAACAGUAACUGCUGUAAAAUGCCCUGGUUCAGGGCACGGCAGUUUGAGGCUAACAUGGACUGACCUGAGUUCCCCAAGAGAUCUCUACACUGAGCGUGUGAUGAGGCUUUUUUCUUCCUUCUUUCACUCCUAAUUCAGUUGUUCACUGUCAUCUAGUCACCCAAUCACACCUUUAAAAGGACACUGAAAUAGCCUGGAGCCCACCUCAGCUAUUCCCACCUCCCGCGCUCCUGCCCCACAGCUGUCUUUGCUUCGGCCAUUUCGACUCUUCCCCAGCUUUUACUAUAUUUUUGUAGCCCUUUAUUUCUAGAUCCUCCCGACUGCUGCCAUCUGGGUCUGCCUCGCAGCAGCGAAGGGAGGAUGAAAUCCCUCCUGGCUCUUGGGGAGGAACUGGAGCGGUGAUGAGCCCAGCUGUGAGCCCCAGUUCCAGGGGCAGUGGGUUUGGGUUUAUACCCGUAUCCCAAGCCUACGCUUUCAGCCAGGUCCAUUGUCCCCUUUAUUUGAGGGGGAAAAGUUUUUGAGGAUCUUGGGAUUUUGCUUAGUUGGAGAAAUGCCUUUUUUCAUGUUCAUGUUUGGAGGAGGGAGAGAAUUAAGUCACCCAGCUGCUGGAUGCCACCACACAUGGUGGUAGGAGCUGUGUGUUUGGUGCCACAAGGUUAUUUGUGCAUUGCAACCACCUCCUUCCUCCUUCUCACUUGAAAGGAGGAGGAUGUGGUCAAGAAAAAGAAAUGUCUGUGCUUGCUUCCCUUCUGUGGAAAAGGAAUAUAAGAGAUGAGGCAAUGGCCAAAGCAUUCUUCCCCUUCUGGCUCUCCAUAACAAGGGUCUGAGAAGCCUGGGACUGGAGGAGCAUUGGGAGACCAGGUAAAGGUUGGCGCUGGGCAUGCAGUUUCUUCCCACGUGUGCUGCACCCCAGAGGGAGUAAGGAUUUUAGGGUGUUACAGGGCCAUGUUUAAACCUUUUUGUGUGAUGCCUCAUAGGGAUUUAAGCAGGACUGAGCUGCCCGACUGUGCGUCCUGGCCAGGUACCACCUCGCAGCCACAGGGAUGCUGACCACGCAUAUUCCUGGCAGCAGCAGGACACCCACCUCCCCCUCCUUCUGUCGUGAGGAUUUGUAAUUAUUAAACUACAAGAAGCACGUGGAAACUUCUAUCAUGGCUCUGAGCCUUAUUUUUCUUGUGUUCGCCAUAGUCUUGCGAGGUAGGUUGGACCAUCUGAAGGGGAACGCUUGGGACUACUGUAAGUGAUGAGGAGACUAGCAGUAUUCAGGUGAGAAGUGUUCCUGCCCUUGUUUGCAGGCCUCUGCUUGGAGCUCCUUAGUUUGCUGUUCUCAGAAGCAGUUGUUCUGAAUUCCCCCAAUAACCUCACUGGGCUGAGCUCCACCUGAAAGUUCAGGCCUCGCCCAAACCCAGGACUGAAUCCAGCCUGGCUGAGCAAUGGAAAAUUUGUGACACAAGUGACAUUGAGGGGCUUUUCCCGUUUUCCUUGGAGCCGGCUGCUGCUGGGCUGUGUUUCACUCUCUGCAGCUCUUGUCCGUGUUCCACUCCACCUGUGCCGUGGUUGUGUCCCAUGGAGAUGCCAGGCUUCUUGCAGCCCUGGCACAGGGACCACCUUAGAAAUUCAUAAAUUGUUUAGUUGUCCUCCUUUUGAACAUCUGAGCGGGCUGCUGGCGGGGCAUCAGCUGCUGCACCAGUACAGCACUGGGAGCACUGGGUGUGGGACUUUUAAUUUGAAACCAAAUUCCCACAAAUCAAUUUUUUCAUGUGGUUGUCUCAUUAUACCCUUUCUUAGGGGUAAUCACCUCUUUUGAUGCCCCCACAGAGCCUAAAGCUGGAGCUGCCUCGCACGCCCCCAUCCCGGGGCACAUCAUUCACAUUGUCAGGCUUGCAGGACACACGAGUGAGCCGCCUCUGUCACUGGGUAACGCUGUGUGACUCUGUAAACAUGGGGAAGGAGCUGUUUCUAUGAAAUAUAAAAUAAAACUGUAGUGUCGGUUUGAUGCCUUUGCCUGGCCCCGCUGGGUCUCUCCUGCAGCAGUACCUGUGUCAGCGGGGGUCUGUUGGCCUCCAGGUACGGAGGAUGCUGGAUAUGCUUUAACAAGAGUCUUGGAGAUGGAGAGCCGUGCUUCCACAGCGUCGUGCAUCAGGAGCCUUGUUUGAGGUUUGCCCGGUGCUUUGGCUGGGUGUCGAAUAGGCUUUUUAGCUCCUGAGACCUUCCAGGGGCAGUGUGUCCCGCUGGGCACAGAGAUGGGAAGGGCAGUUGUCUCUCUGCCCGGAGCCUGGCUCCACUCCACCAGUGUGACCUGCAAUGGUCCAGGCUUUUCCUGUCUCUGCCGGUGCUUAAGGCCGGUGAAUUGGAUUUAUUAGCCACGUUAAUCAGCCACAGUGCCGCUCCAAAGGUUCGUUUUCCCACGGAUGGUCCAGGCUCUCACCGGACCAGGAGCCACAGCUGGGGAUGUCGCCUGCCCUGUCACUGUGGGAAGGACCUGGGCAGUGCCCAGGCUGGAAAACACCCUUCUGCCCAUGGGUUAUGUAAACCACAAUACAGCUGUGAGCAAGCAGCGCUCCUGAGAGUCCCCUUACAAAGCACUAGCUGGGCAGCUGUUCACACUCCUGCCCUGAGCCAAGAGCUGUGACGUUGGCGUGGUGGGGGCAAAACUGGUCCCAAAAGCCCUGUCCCACCCCAUCCCUGCAGAUCCUCAAACCACAGAACCCUGCCAGGUGGAGGAGCAAGGGGGAGCAGGAGGGUGAGGAUGGGCUCAGUGGGGUUUAGCAGCUCUGUUGCAGAGGGACCUUUGCUUAUGUAGCUGCAUCUCAAAAGGUCUGUGUUUAAUGGCUGGUUGGUAUUUGGUUCGCUGGUAUGUGGGAAAGUGAGAAGUAAUGUGAGUUAAGUGCAUCCAACAGAUAUUUCACCUACAGUGUUUCAUUUGGAAAGCAGACAUACGUGGCAAUCGUUGCUUGUAUGUGCCUAAGAUAUUUAGCAAAGCUUCUAAGGAUCCGCAUGCAGCAUGAAAGAUUUUCAUACAGUUUGGGUCUCCCAUGUCCAAUUAGUGCAUGUAUUCAAAUGAUUAACAUGCUCAUGACUCCCCCAUUUGUGAUUUUUCCACGCAUGUGUGUGUUGGAUGUGUUUAUAAGUUACAGCCACCAAGGCCCCCGGUCCCUCUGCCCCGGGCGCUGCUGCUGUGAGGCUUCGUGGCUGCCCCAUCCCUGGAGGGGUUCCAGGCCAGGUUGGAUGGGGCUUGGAGCCCCUGAUCCAGCGGGAGGUGUCCCUGCCCAUGGCAAAGGUGGGACUGGAUGGGCUUUGAGGUCCCUUCCAACCCAAACCAUUCUGUGAUUCAGUCCUAGGGCUGAGCUCUGUGGGACCAUCCCUGGCUGUGAGACUGAAAGGGGGACCCAGGGCGCUUGGGUGGCACUGGGUCUCCUCCGCGCCGCCCGCUGUCCCCGUGCAGCCCGGGCCGUGCAGCACCCACCUUCUGCCCAACCCCACGAGCACCCUCCGGGCUCCUCGCUGCUUUGGAAAUAACAACACACAAGAUCAAACGCAACGAAGGGCACCGUUUAUGAGCUAAAUGAGGUGGGACCGGGGCCAACAUGAUUCAAGUCCUAAUUGUUUAACUUUUUCCAUGUAUCAUCAUUAAAUUUUCCUACUUAGCCGGGCAUUAUUUCCACCACCACCCCGCCUUUCUUCUGCUGCUUUUGUUUGGAGUUGUUUAACUUCACUUUUGUUGUUGGAUGGCUGCCCCAGGGACCUGAAAAAAAACGGGGCCGUCCAUUUGUAUUGGGAUAAAAGUCCUUGUGCCAUGGGAGGGGAGGUAGAGGCAAAGAGGCCUUCUGGA